GCACCACCGCCGCCGCCACCAUCAGCAGCAGCUAGUAGUAACGCCGCGGCUGACGAUACAUGCGAGUAAACCGACGUAGAUGUUGUUGUUUUUUUAUUUUAUUUUAAAUUUAUUGCUAUAAAUAUUAUUGCACGAGUAGAUUUCUAGUAUUAGAUAUUAUAUUUUUUUAACAAUUGUUCGCAUACACGCAUCCAUCGUUGCUAUCGAUUUUACGGUUUCUCAAUCGAAGUAGUAUAAUUGCUUUUAGUUCAGUGAAAACACAAAAUAUUUCGGUGGUUCUCGUCGUUUCAUGUUCACACCGACGAUUGUCCGCAUUCAUCGCACUGCUGCUGCUGCUGGUAUAAUAUUUUAAUUACCAUUAUCAGCGUUCGACGUUAUCAGAAAAAUAUUUUUUAGUUCGCCGUUAAUGUCGCACGCGGCGUGACGGUGUGACCCGUGGACGUCGCCGCCACAGUGAAUACGCACGAGCACGGGUUUCGAUAUCGUCGUCACCGCCGCCAACACGUCGUCCGAGGUUAAUAAGAACGUGCCGUCGCCGUCGCCGACGCCGGACAAAGGGACAACAGCCACUAGUCCCGCUGCCGUAACCGCUACUAUGUCGAACAACAGCCAAAAGCUGCCGACCACCGAGAGAGUGAUAAAAAGUGUGCCUUUCCCACCGGGUCGAAAGUUGACCACGGCCGAAGUAUGGGACCAGAGGACGAACAAACCGCGGCCGGACAUUCUCAAGCAACACUUCAUUUUGGAGGGUCGGAUAGACGAAGCGGCCGCGUUGCGCAUAGUCAACGAAGGUGCCGCGUUACUCAGGUCCGAAAAGACCAUGAUCGACAUUGAAGCUCCAGUUACCGUUUGUGGCGAUAUCCAUGGUCAGUUUUAUGACCUUAUGAAACUUUUUGAAGUCGGUGGUCCACCAGCAACGACCAAGUACCUUUUUCUGGGUGACUACGUUGAUAGAGGGUAUUUCAGUAUAGAGUGUGUUCUGUACUUGUGGGCUUUAAAAUUAUGUCAUCCCACUACUUUGUUCCUUUUAAGAGGAAACCACGAAUGUAGACAUUUAACCGAAUACUUCACGUUCAAACAAGAAUGUAAAAUAAAAUAUUCCGAGCGGGUGUACGAUGCCUGUAUGGAGGCGUUCGAUUGUCUGCCACUUGCCGCGCUCAUGAACCAACAAUUCCUAUGUGUUCACGGUGGACUCUCGCCAGAAAUACAUAAUCUAGACGAUAUUAGGAGGCUGGAUCGAUUCAAAGAGCCACCGGCAUUUGGCCCCAUGUGCGACCUCUUGUGGUCAGAUCCACUCGAAGACUUCGGCAGCGAAAAAAACGCCGAACAUUUCAGUCAUAAUAGCGUUAGGGGAUGUUCGUAUUUUUACAGUUAUGCAGCAUGCUGUGAUUUUCUUCAGAGCAACAAUUUGCUAUCCAUCAUAAGAGCACAUGAAGCUCAAGAUGCAGGAUACCGAAUGUAUAGAAAGAGUCAAACUACUGGUUUCCCAUCUCUAAUUACUAUAUUUUCUGCGCCCAACUACUUAGAUGUCUACAAUAAUAAAGCUGCAGUUUUAAAAUAUGAAAACAAUGUCAUGAAUAUCAGACAAUUUAAUUGUUCUCCACAUCCGUAUUGGUUGCCAAACUUUAUGGAUGUUUUUACAUGGUCUUUACCAUUUGUAGGCGAAAAAGUUACCGAAAUGUUAGUGAAUCUAUUAAAUAUAUGUUCAGAUGAUGAACUAAUGACAGAAGGAGAAGAUACACUUGAAGACGUCACUGCAGCUAACUUAAGAAAAGAAGUAAUUAGAAAUAAAAUAAGAGCAAUUGGAAAAAUGGCUAGAGUAUUUUCUGUUUUGAGAGAAGAAAGCGAGAGUGUAUUACAACUAAAAGGACUAACACCAACUGGCGCUCUUCCACUCGGAGCACUCUCUGGUGGAAAGACAUCACUGAAAAAUGCACUUCAAGGGUUUUCGCCCAAUCACAAAAUUACAUCAUUUGCUGAGGCAAAAGGCUUAGAUGCUAUAAAUGAACGAAUGCCUCCUCGUAAAGAUACACCUCCAUCUAAUCAAUGUUCACCAUCAAAUGCUGCCAGUUCAUCAACUUCGCCAUUACCUGAGGAUAAAUCACCAUCAUCAUCGUCUGUUCAGAAAUCAGCGUCAUCAUCUGAACAACCUUUAUCAAAUACUCAUUCAUGAUUUCCAUCAACCUAGAUGGGUCUUGUGCAACAGCUGUACCUUAUCAUAAACGAGUCCUUUAAUACUGUCAUACCUCUAUAUUUUUUAUUUAUGUAAAAUUCUAAAAUAUUUCAGAUGACCUAUACCAGGACCUAUCAACUGUUAUUAAUCUUAAUAAAAAUUACUGUUUAUUCAAUUUUUUAAUCAACACAAUUUUUUAAAUUAUUUUUUGUAAUAAUAAAUUGUUUUUUCUUUUAUGUUUCAA